ACUGUUUGGUUCGGUUUGUUGUGAGUGUUGUUUACAAAUGAUAUUUACGGCUAAAAAACACAGUUUUUUGGUUACGUUUAAUAGAAAGUAAUGAUUACUUAAUGAAACGAUUGAAACGAUUAUUGCAUUAGAUUUUAAUACAGUAUUUAGUAUUCAAAUGAUUGAUAUAUUUUUACGUGUGAUUUAAGUAUUGGUUUCUUAUAUAAACAUGUCUUGUAUUGAAUGGUAACUGAACUACGAGUCCAUUGAAGAGACUGUCUGUCUGUGAAGGAAGACAGUCGUGAAGAUCGGAUCCAAUGAUGACACAAAUGCUGUUAAUGUUGUUAUCCAUUAUAAUGUCAUUUAUAUUUGUCAUUAUCUUCGUGUUCAUCGGCUGGUAUUUGGUGUGGAAAGUGUUCUUAAGCCGAUUCCGGUUCGUUAGGGAGUUAUUAAUGAUUAACAAUAAUAAUAGCCAUCAAAAUGAGGACAAAUCAAGUGCUCAACACUCGAGACACAAGAAGACGAGACAACGGAUCGCAUCCACCAGUAGUUAAUCCAUGCAUUCAAUCAAUUUUUAAAAUCACUUUUUUAUAUAUAAAUUAAUAAUAAAUUGUUUUUAUUUUACAUAAUUUUAAAC